UCGAACGAGGAACGGGGAAUGCGCAGACACUCUAUUGCCCAGCAAUGCUGGGCCCAGAGGUCACGCUGGUCCUCGACGGAGCCCAGUCCUUAGCCCCUUGUAGUUGACAGCCGUUUGGUUGCUUGGCCGGGAGGCUCAUUCUUAUCUCCUCAGCCCGGGCCCCAUUGCCUACUCUGGGGAAACCUCUUCCUGAACUUUUGUUGCCGAAUUUGCCCCCUUCUAACACUGCCCUUUCUCCACAUGUUUUUCUUGCUUUGAGUCCCUAACUUCACACCCCAAAUCUGUUUUCUUUCCCCUAGUCCAAUAAGAUGCACCAAUUCAGUUGGCUUCUGCCCCUUCUGCCUGUACGGAGCAGGCAGCCAAAUUUAAUACUGGUCUUUAAGGCUUAGCAGGAAGACUAUUCUCUCAAGCAGCUGGACUCUCUGCCUUUCUUCGACUUCAUUCAGGGCACACACAGAUUAAAAUCCUAGCUACCCAAGUCCUCUGAAGUGGGCCUUGGAGGAUCUCAGCUGCUAGACGGUUUACACUGGAAAGGCUUCUAAGACUUAAAGAGUGGAAUGCUUCCUAAACAGAAGAAUGUUGAACUCGCAUUUUGGGUGGCAGCUGAAUUUAAUGGAUGGAAAACCACAGACUGUCGCUUUCCUGGCACAGGAGCAUCAGGAGUAGCAUCAGACCCUGCCGGGUCACUUCCUGCCAUCACCAGUGUGUACUAUUGAAAAGAUGUUGUAGGAUCUCAUCUGGCCGUCGGGUACUGGAAGAGGCGAGGGGGAGAGCGCACCAUAGCAGAGAGACGGCAAGAGAAAAGGGAGACUACGAGACGCGCCGCGUCGGCGCCCCGAGACCCAGGAGGAGCCCGCAGGCAGCAGUUAGGUUGUGAUGGGGAUUCUCCCCUCCCUUUUGCUCCACAAUGCCUUGGUGAGCGGUCUCGGCAACCGAGCUACCCGUGGAAGAAUUGGGGCUGAGAUGUCGCGGCGGGUGGCCGCAGAUGGGGAUGCUGGAGAAGGAAGGAGUUCAUCUCAAGUUCGCAAUCUGUGUCCGGAAGCUGGUCUGGCCUGGGAGGGCGUUUCGAGCACCGGUCCUACUAAGAGAAAACCAGAGCCCAGAGGGGAAGUGAGUCCCAAGGUCACACAUCAAGAACCUGCUACUGGUCUGGUACUUGGGUUAUUGCUUCGGGAAGAAUCCUAAGCUGAGCUUGCUCGUUUCAUAGAUGAGAGAACAGGGAACGGGACAGAGAAGCCACCAACCUGGACCCCAUAUGCCACCUUAUUUGGUUUGAGUCCUUCUGACUUUAAGCGUGUUGCAUCCAGUCCUAGAGACCCUUGUAGCAGGCCGCUGUGGUUUCUGAUUCCCCACCUAAGGACAGGGCCCGUUUUGACUGUUCCCUGCCAGUACUUUCGCCCUGAAUAUUGAAACUGUGCUGAAUAUGGACUUGGAGAUUUGUGUGGUAUGUCUGCACAGAGAGGCAUCUGGGGCACACAGCUGCUGAGCCUGGUGGACAAGUCACUGACCCUCUCUGGGCUUCCAUUGAUCUCUACAAGUUUGGGAUUGGAAUGUUGAGGAAGAAUGUGCCCUGUUCCUGGGGGCUGGUUGCUUUCCAAUGCCGAUACUGUCUUCCGAGGAGAUUAAAGACAGCACUGUCUGUCAUGAGCCAGAGACCCCUCUGCUGCUGCUGCUGCUGCUGCUGCUGCUGGGAGAGCAGGACCUAGAAUUCCCAUGGUCACAUAAGAAGAGCUGCCAUGGAAGCACCAGGGACCAGUACCCCCGAAACAGGGUACAUUGACUACUGGCUAUAAGCAGCUGAACUCAGAACUGGAUCGAGAUAACCGGCCCGAGUCAUGCAGUCUUUUCGAGAAAGGUGUGGUUUCCAUGGCAAACAGCAAAACUAUCCACAAACCUCACAGGAGACAUCGCGCCUGGAGAACUACAGGCAGCCAGGUCAGGCUGGGCUCAGCUGUGAUCGUCAGCGGCUGCUGGCCAAGGACUAUUACAACCCACAGCCCUAUACAGGCUAUGAGGGUGGCGCUGGCACACCUUCUGGCACAGUGGCCACGGCAACUGCAGACAAGUACCACCGAGGCAGCAAGUCCCUACAGGGGAGGCCGGCUUUCCCCACCUAUGUUCAAGACAGCAGCCCCUACCCAGGGCGUUACUCUGGCGAGGAGGGUCUUCAGACCUGGGGGGGCCCACAGCCACCACCUCCCCAGCCUCAGCCCCUGCCAGGGGCAGUGAGCAAAUAUGAGGAGAACUUGAUGAAGAAGACGGUGGUGCCCCCAAACAGGCAGUACCCUGAGCAGGGCCCCCAACUUUCCUUCCGGACUCACAGCCUGCAUGCCCCCCCACCACAGCCUCAGCAGCCCCUGGCUUACCCCAAACUCCAAAGGCAGAAACCACAGAAUGACCUUGCUUCCGCUCUGCCUUUCCCCCAGAGCAGCCACUUUCCCCAGCAUUCUCAGUCCUUCCCUACCUCCUCCAGCUACGCCCCAGCAGUGCAGGGUGGCGGCCAGGGGGCCCACUCCUAUAAGAGUUGCACAGCGCCAUCUGCCCAGCCACAUGACAGGCCGAUGAGUGCCAACGCAAGCCUGGCCCCGGGGCAACGGGUCCAGAAUCUUCACGCUUACCAAUCGGGCCGCCUUGGCUAUGAGCAGCAGCAGCAAGCACUCCAGGGCCGGCACCACACCCAGGAAACUCUCCACUACCAGAACCUCACCAAGUACCAACACUAUGGACAGCAAGGCCAGGGCUACUGUCCGCCGGACACAGCUGUCAGGACUCCCGAGCAGUAUUACCAGACCUUCAGCCCCAGCUCCAGCCACUCCCCUGCACGGUCUGUGGGUCGCUCCCCUUCCUAUAGCUCCACCCCGUCACCACUGAUGCCCAACCUGGAGAACUUCCCCUACAGCCAGCAGCCGCUUAGUACUGGGGCCUUCCCCACAGGCAUCACAGACCACAGCCACUUUAUGCCCCUGCUCAACCCAUCCCCCACAGAUGCUGCCAGUUCUGUGGACCCCCAGGUCAGCAACUGCAAGCCCCUGCAAAAGGAGAAGCUCCCUGACAACUUACUGUCGGACCUCAGCCUGCAGAGCCUCACGGCACUCACCUCACAGGUGGAAAACAUCUCCAAUACCGUGCAGCAGCUCUUGCUGUCCAAAGCUGCCAUGCCACAGAAGAAAGGGGUCAAGAGCCUUGUGGCCAGGACUCCGGAGCAGCACAAGAGCCAGCACUGUAGCCCCGAGGGCAGUGGCUACUCAGCUGAGCCAGCAGGCACACCGCUGUCUGAACCGCCAAGUAGCACACCACAGUCCACGCAUGCUGAGCCACAGGAUGCCGACUACCUGAGUGGCUCCGAGGACCCUCUAGAGCGCAGCUUCCUCUACUGCAGCCAGGCCCGUGGCAGUCCUGCCAGGGUCAACAACAACUCCAAGGCUAAGCCUGAGUCCGUGUCUACCUGUUCUGUGACCUCACCUGACGACAUGUCCACCAAGUCUGAUGACUCUUUCCAGAGCCUGCAUAGCACUCUGCCACUGGACAGCUUCUCCAAAUUCGUGGCAGGCGAGCGGGACUGCCCACGGCUGCUGCUCAGUGCCCUGGCCCAGGAAGAUCUGGCCUCUGAGAUCCUGGGGCUUCAGGAAGCCAUUGUUGAGAAGGCUGACAAGGCCUGGGCUGAGGCUUCCAGCCUGCCCAAGGACAAUGGCAAGCCGCCCUUCCCACUGGAGAACCACAGCACCUGCCUGGACGCUGUGGCCAAGACGCCAUGGUCCCAGCCCGGGGAACCAGAAGCCCUACCUGAACCCUUGCAGCUGGACAAGGGUGGUAGCACCAAGGACUUCAGCCCGGGGCUCUUUGAAGACCCUUCUGUGGCCUUUGCCACCACUGACCCGAAGAAGACAACCAGUCCCCUGUCCUUUGGCACCAAGCCUUUGCUCGGAGCUGCCACUCCAGACCCCACCGCAGCAGCCUUCGACUGCUUUCCAGACACAACUGCUGCCAGCUCGGUGGACAGUGCCAACCCUUUCGCCUGGCCAGAGGAGAACUUGGGUGAUGCUUGUCCUCGUUGGGGCCUCCACCCUGGUGAGCUCACCAAGGGCUUGGAGCAGGGUUCAAAAGGCUCAGACAGUGUGGGCAAAGCAGAUACACACGAGACCUCUGCCUGCUUGGGCUUCCAGGAAGAGCAUGCCAUUGGGAAGCCAGCAGCUUCACUGUCUGGGGACUUCAAGCAGCAGGAGGCAGACGGGGUGAAGGAGGAAGUGGGUGGGUUGUUGCAGUGCCCUGAGGUGGGCAAAGCUGACCAGUGGCUGGAGGACAGCCGGCAUUGCUGUUCCUCCACUGACUUUGGGGACCUGCCAUUGUUGCCACCCCCUGGCAGGAAGGAGGACCUAGAGGCUGAAGAGGAGUAUUCCUCCCUGUGUGAACUGUUGGGUAGCCCUGAGCAGAGGCCCAGCCUGCAGGACCCAUUGUCCCCCAAGGCCCCACUGAUUUGCACCAAGGAGGAAGCAGAGGAGGUGCUGGACCCCAAGGCUGACUGGGCCUCCCCAUGUCACCUCUCCGGUGAGCCUGCUGUCCUCCUGGGCCCCUCUGUGGGUGCUGAAUCAAAGGUCCAGAGCUGGUUUGAGUCUUCACUGUCACAUAUGAAGCCAGGAGAAGAUGGGCCAGAGAUAGAGAGAGCCCCAGGUAGUUCUGCCACUUCAGAAGGCUCCCUGGCCCCAAAGCCUAACAAACCUGCUGUGCCUGAGGUGCCCAUUGCUAAGAAAGAGCCUGUGCCGCGGGGUAAAAGUUUACGGAGCCGUCGGGUGCACCGGGGGCUGCCUGAGGCUGAAGACUCUCCGUGCAGGGUACCAGCACUUCCCAAAGACCUCUUGCUCCCAGAGUCCUGCACAGGACCCCCCCAGGGACAGGCAGAAGGGGCUGGAGCUCCAGGCCGGGGGCUGUCAGAAGGGCUCCCCAGAAUGUGUACUCGCUCUCUUACAGCUCUGAGUGAGCCCCAAACUCCUGGACCUCCAGGCCUGACCACUACCCCCACGCCUCCUGACAAACUGGGAGGCAAACAGCGAGCAGCCUUCAAGUCUGGCAAGCGGGUAGGAAAACCAUCACCCAAGGCUGCAUCCAGUCCCAGCAACCCUGCUGCCCUGCCUGUUGCCUCAGACAGCAGCCCCAUGGGCUCCAAGACCAAGGAGCCAGACUCUCCCAGCAUCCCUGGCAAGGACCAGCGCUCCAUGGUUCUCCGGUCUCGCACCAAACCCCAACAGGUCUUCCAUGUCAAACGACGGCGGCCCUCAGAGAGCCGGAACCCAGACUGUCGUGCCACCAAGAAGCUCCCUGCCAACAACCACUUACCCACUGCAUUCAAGGUCUCCAGUGGGCCCCAGAAGGAAGGCCGGGUGAACCAGCGGGUCAAAGUACCCAGGCCUGGUGGACCAGGGAGCAAGCUUUCAGAUCGGCCUCUCCACACGCUCAAAAGGAAGUCAGCCUUCAUGGCUCCUGUCCCCACCAAAAAGCGAAGCCUCAUCCUUCGAAGCAGCAAUGGAAGUGGAGUAGAUGGGAGGGAGGAGAGGGCCGAGGCCUCUCCUGGCCUCUUGAGGAGGAUGGCCUCACCCCAGAGAGCCAGGCCCAGAGGCAGUGGGGAGCCACCCCCGCCCCCACCACUGGAGCCUCCUGCUGCAAGCAUGGAGCUGGCUACAGCAUCAUCCCUGCCCAGUGCUGUGAGGACCAAGGUGCUGCCACCCCGAAAGGGCCGUGGCCUCAAGCUGGAGGCCAUAGUACAGAAGAUCACCUCACCUGGUCUCAAGAAACUUGCAUGCAGAGUGGCAGGGGCUCCUCCUGGGACUCCCCGGAGCCCAGCCUUACCUGAGAAACGUUCAGGGGGGAGUCCAGCUGGGGCAGAAGAGGGUCUAGGAGGGAUGGGCCCUGGACAGAUGCUGCCAGCAGCUUCAGGGGCCGAGCCAUCGUGUAGAAAUUCAGCCAGCAGGUCCCUAAAAGGCAAACUCCUGAAUAGUAAGAAACUGUCCACUGCUGCUGACUGUCCCAAAGCUGAGGCCUUCAUGUCCCCGGAGACCCUGCCGUCCCUAGGCACUGCCCGGGCACCGAAGAAAAGGAGCCGGAAAGGCAGGACCGGGGCCUUGGGACCCUCUAAAGGGCCGUUGGAGAAGCGGCCCUGUCCUGGCCAAACUCUGACCCUUGCUACCCAUGACAGGGCCAGCAGCACUCAGGGUGGAGGUGAGGACAGCUCCAGUGGAGGAGGCAAGAAGCCAAAGACAGAGGAGCUGGGACCGACCUCCCAGCCCCCUGAAGGCCGGCCCUGCCAGCCCCAGACAAGGGCACAGAAGCAGCCAGGCCAAGCCAGCUACAGUAGCUACUCAAAACGGAAGCGCCUUAGCCGUGGCCGGGCUAAGACCACCCAUGCUUCACCCUGUAAGGGGCGUGCCACUCGGAGACGGCAGCAACAGGUACUGCCCCUGGAUCCUGCGGAGCCUGAAAUCCGACUCAAAUACAUUUCUUCUUGCAAGCGGCUGAGGGCAGACAGCCGCACCCCAGCCUUCUCACCCUUUGUGCGGGUGGAGAAGAGAGAUGCUUACACCACCAUAUGCACUGUGGUCAACUCCCCGGGGGAUGAGCCCAAGCCUCACUGGAAGCCCUCCUCCUCUGUUGCCUCCUCCUCCUCUGCCUCUUCCUCCUCCUCCUCAGAACCAGCUGGGGCCUCUCUGACCACAUUCCCCGGAGGCUCUGUGCUGCAGCCGAGGCCCUCCCUGCCCCUCUCCUCCACCAUGCAUCUGGGGCCUGUCGUGUCCAAGGCCCUAAGUACCUCUUGCCUUGUCUGCUGCCUCUGCCAAAACCCGGCCAACUUCAAGGACCUUGGGGACCUCUGUGGCCCUUACUACCCUGAACACUGCCUCCCAAAAAAGAAACCAAAACUCAAGGAGAAGGUGCGGCUGGAGGGCACCGUUGAGGAGGCCUCUCUGCCUCCCGAGAGAACAGUCAAAGGGCUGGAAUGUGCAGCCGGCACCGCUGCUGCCACGGCUACCGCUCCCACCACUACCGUCACCACCACCACAACCCUGGGGAGGCUGCCCAGGCCUGAUGGCCCCCCUGACCCUGCCAAGCAGGGCUCCCUGCGCUCCAGUGCCCGGGGCCUGUCGCGGCGGCUGCAGAGUUGCUAUUGCUGUGAUGGGCAGGGGGACGGGGGUGAGGAGGUGGCCCCAGCUGACAAGAGCCGCAAACAUGAGUGCAGCAAAGAGGCCCCUGCAGAACUCGGUGGGGACACCCAGGAACACUGGGUACAUGAGGCCUGUGCUGUGUGGACCAGCGGGGUGUACCUGGUGGCCGGGAAGCUCUUUGGGCUCCAAGAGGCCAUGAAGGUAGCUGUGGACAUGCCAUGUUCCAGCUGCCAUGAAGCCGGGGCGACCAUCUCGUGCUCCUAUAAAGGAUGUAUCCACACCUACCACUACCCUUGUGCCAAUGACACAGGUUGCACAUUCGUUGAGGAGAAUUUUACUUUGAAGUGCCCCAAACAUAAGAGGCUGCCGUUGUAAUCCCCAUGUGGCCGAGCCUCCGAGGAAGAGGAGCUGCGCCCACAGCUGGUCCUUGAUCCCACCCCGGGUCUUGGUUCCGGCUGCUUCGGGCGCUGGCGUGAGGCCCGGGUUGCAAAGAAAACCUGUUCCAGGCCAGACUUGGCGAGGGCAGGCCACCAGGCAGCCAGGCCCGGGGCGCACGGCUUCAGGCGGGAUGCAAGUCCCCUGCAAGUUCUGAAAUGACGUGGCAUGCAAGCUGUGCCCCUGAGAAGAGGCCGAGGGUGCUGCUGGCUCGGUGGACGACAUGGGGCAGGACCCAAGUCUUUCUGUAGAGGUCCAGCCAAUGGGGGAAUGCGACCCUGGCACCCAAGGCUUUGCCCAGAGUCGUGACAGACCUGGGCUCAGGCCGUGUGGUCCCUGAUAUGAGCUGGCCUGGGGCAGUGCCCUAUGGCUUCUGUUUGUCCCCUUUCCAGUCUUCCACCCCACUGAUGGAGCCCGGUCUGGAAGCUUGAGGAAAUUGGGCCUGGCUACCCUCUAGGCAGAUGUGCAGCCGUCCCUAAGCACCGCCAUGGGUUCCAGGAACUGCCGCUGCUCGGCUCGUGGGCAGAGACAGUGCUAGACUUCAUGUACAAACCUGUGUACCCCUCUAUAUAUAUGUUAUAUAGAAUGUAUAUAUGUUGGGAACAUGCUCGCUUCUGUGUGUCGCUGCUGUGCGUCGUGUGCUCCACAGCACAGAGCCCUAACCUGGCCUUGGCCGGACUAGGGGCUACAGUGAUGCCCCUUCCUUGUGCAACCACCAUCACCGCCGCCACCACCACGGCCAGUCCCCACCUGUCCGUUUGUGUUCUCAGCUCUGUCCACGCUUCAAUAGGCCUGAUGCAGCCCCCCCCCGCAACUUCCUGUACAUAUGACUGUAAAAUGGUAAACGUGUGUAUUAUAUCUGGCCUCGUUAUAUAGUGUAUAUAUAUGUAUACAUAUACAUAUAUAUAAUAUAUAUGAAGACUGUAAAUGUUAAGACAACUAGUGUUCUUAUUAGUAUAUUGCUUCACACUGAAGAUUGUGUGUAUCGAGCUGUUUCUAAAAGAUGUUUAUUUUCCUUAAGAGUAAAAAAAAAAAAACCAGUCAUUGCAUUCAGAAAAAAAAAAGUCAAUAAAGAUACCACGAUUGUUUUGGAA